AUACCACAUAUCGGCCAGCCCUCAUGCCAGCCCAUAAGACAAGUUGACCUAGAUGAGAUCUUCUUGGUGCUUCCAUGACAAACUGACUUGAAUGAGACCUUCUCAGUGCUUCCACGAAUGUCAUAUCCUCAGCCAUUUGUGGACAAGCCUAAGAGAACUGAUGUCUUGCUGAUGUCCCCCUGACUGGCUCCCAUCGUUUGGGAAGGCACCUUCAACAGAGACAUCCUGAAUGCCCAGUACAGACAAAAAAAUUUCGUUGUUGGGGUGGCCACAUUUGCGGUUAAAAAAUACAUCCAGUUCAUAGAAGGGUUUCUUGGCUCUGCCAACAAAUUCUUCCUCUCUGGGCACAGGGUCAACUUCUAUCUCUUCACUGACCACCCAGAGGAAGUCCCAUCCAUGAAGCUGGCCCCUGAGAAGCGUCUCUUCAUCAUCCCUGUCCAGAACUACUCACGGUGGCAGGACAUCUCCAUGAACCAAAUGGACAUCAUCAGCAACCACAUCCGCACCCACUGGGGCUACAAAGUAGACUACCUUUACUCCAUGUACAUCGACAUCCAGAUGUUCGAGCACAUUGGGGUGGAGAUCAUCGACACGCUUGUGGGGACCAUCAGCUCCUGGCAAUACACCAAGCCCUGGGAUAGCAACUCCUAUGAGAGGCGUCCGGAGUCGCGAGCCGCCAUCCCCAGUGGAGAAGGGGAUUUCUACUAUGCAGCCAGCUUCUACGGAGGGAGCGUGUCUGAAGUCUACAAGUUGACCUGCUUCAAAGGGGUCACAGAGGACAGAGCCAACGGCAUCGAAGCCAAGUGGCACAAGGAAAGCCACCUGAAUAAACACCUCCUGUACCACAAGCCCACAUGCCUGCUGUCCCCGGAGUACUACUGGGAUGAGGAGCUGAUCAGACCUCACAUCAUCAGGGUUAAGAGAUUGUCGUCAGUGUGCAAAGAUCUGAAAGAAGUCAGGUUCUGAAGGAAGAGAAAGAGAUGGAUGGAUGGAUGCUGUGACAGAUAUGGCAAUCUCCUGCAAUACCCUUGAAAAAAACCUCAUUGAAUUAAGUUUAAGUAUCUUUAAUGUAUGGCUCAAGCUUGUUGAAUAACAGGCUCAAUUGGAAUUACUUAAUCAAAGAUUACCAAUCAGAGAUUAGUGCAGCACUAUAC